UUGUCUAUUUUCUCGGAGGCGGAGGAGAUGGGCCGGACCGUAAGAAAGGAAAAAAGGGAACUUAAUAGUACAAUGGACACGUUACAGGAAAUUUCUUAACGUUAUCAAAACAUUUUUAUCAGAACAAUCACCAAUUACGACAAGAAAUGAACGUCUCACGGUCUACAUCCGCACCCCAGUAGCGGAAUUGACUUUUUUGAGGUGCGAGAGUUAAUGUGCCUACUCAAUUUUUGGAAACAUACAGUGAUUAAUAGUUCAAUGUUUUUUAAUUAAUUGUUAUACCCAUAUCUCGGCGAACUGCUCGAAAAAAAUCUUGCAGGUUAAAUCGAGUUGUGACUACCUCACACUGAGAAGAUUUUACCCAGGAAGUCGAAAAAUUGACACGUGUGCAGUUCAAGGUUCAAGGACAAAAACCGGUCGUCCUGAGAAAAAAUGCUUAUUUAAUGGUUUGUCUUUCGGCCUCUCGCAUUAUUACGUUGUUAGAAAAUCUGUUUGUUGCCAUUUUGAAACUAGGCCACGAACCGAUGUGUAGUUGAAUGAUUUUUUUUAAAUUUUACAAUUAGCCGUGGAACUUCCAAAAACCUCACAGAAACAAUCUUCGCGAGCGACCACGAUUUUCACAAACUAUUCCGGCUGCUUGUUAAUAAGACGUCCGUAACAGUGAAAAAUAAAGGUCAUGCGAUUUACUCUAGGCGGCUUAAGUGUUCAUUUAGCCGGUUACCAAGUAUGCAUAGCGGUGUUUUUGUGGAAUUUCGUUCCGAACACCAAAGGAAGCACGACAUCUCACCAUGAAAAUCAUUCACAACCACAACAUGAAGCGACUACGAGUAGGGAACACGGUUCACAUGAGUCGCAUACUCCUACAAUUUCACCUCAUGCGACCACGCCUAAUAACACAAGAAUUGAGCUGACCCUUCCUCCACCGAUAUCCCCUCUGGAGAUAAAACAAAAGCUCGAGGAUAUGCUCAUUGUACCUGAUGUUGUACACACCGCACCAGAACAAAAAAUUGAUGUCUGGUUUGGUACUUACUUUGCGGAGAUGGGAAAUGUUGUUCAUGAGGAUGUGGUUUCAAAACAACCGGUUUUACUUUUAUGGAAAUGGAACCCUGGGGACUUUUUCACACUCAUAGUUACAGGCCCCGACGUGCCAAACAGUGAACUACCAACUGAUGCUGAAUGGAGGCAUUGGAUAGUGAUGAAUAUUCCAGGAAAUGAUGUCCUCAAAGGUUACACCCUUAGGGAUUAUGUUGGUUUUGGAAACGAGACGGAAUUAGGAAUUCAUAGGAUGGUUUUCCUGGUAUUCAAACAGCCGCGGCCAUACAUGAGGUCCCCUGAGGCAAUACUGAGGACCAGCGACAGUGCGUAUCGAGGAUUUUUUUCGACUCGAAAUUUUGUGCGCAUGCACAAUUUGGGCAUACCUGUUGCAGCCAAUUUUAUCUUAGUAAAUUGCACCAACAUUAUACAUGACCCUGUUGCCUGGGCCGGCAUGACAUCACAUCCGACAACACAUCCUACAACAUCUGAGAGUACGAAGCUCAAGACUGAAGGGGUGACGACAUAAGGAUAUGAGUGGACUGUGCAUGCAGAGGAAGUGACGACAGAAAUAAAACCAAAAUAGAGAGAAGUUAAAUGGCUCAAAAAAUCAGCCCUUGAGGGUAGUUAUGAUACCCACGACCUCAUCUCUAGUAUUAAGCAACAGGAAUAACUAAAAACGCUGGUAGAAUGUGGAGCGAAGGAAAAAUAGACUCAUACUCAUAACUUCACCUAAUCAAAUGAUCAACUUUCUAAUGAAAGAAAAAUAAAUCAUUUCAUAGAAACAAGCUACAAAAGCAAGUAAUUUUUGGCAAAAUUAACCUGUCCGCCCUGCGUUUAAAACUAUUUGGGGAUCACUGAAAAUCUAGAAAAGUUCCUUCUUCAAAAAAGAAAAAAAAAAGAAGAAGAAAAAAAGGCUCGAAAGAAAAAUCAUGGUUUUUCUCAUAUGCUCGUGCUUGAAAUUGAAAGACUUCAGAUUGAUAGAGAUAGGUUUUUUCUGAUUUGUAGUACAUACAGACCAUCGACAUAAAAUCAAGAAAAACAAGACCUUGAAUUCAAUCCAUUGACAGUCUUUUUCAUCUGAUUAUAAAACGUCAAUACAUUUUAAUGUUUUUUUAGGAAGAACUAAAUGAUAGAGAGUCAGGCUAAAGAGCUAUAAAAAAUUAUUGAGGUGUUAAAAUAUCAUGUAACAAUGUGUCAGAAUCCAGCUAAUUACCUCUAUAGCUCUUUCUUUUAGUGCCUCAAGUUAGUUUCCUUGAUUCUAAAAACAAUUGACUUUCAACUUACUUCUUCUUCUUUUAAAAAAUGUUACUACCCUCUGUGCUUAUAAUGAUACAGUUCUUCUCAGCAGUUAGUGAGGAUCAGAUAGUACAACAAAAAUGUUUUGUUUUUUCUUAAAAACAACAAAUUGUUGUGUUUAUUUACCGCCUUUCGGUUUCAAAGUGUAAGGUCACAUUAAAAAAUGUACAAUUAAAUAAGCUUUUAAUCAGU